AUGGCCUUUUCACAAUGUGUGGGCCCACAGGACAUCAAAGGCCAGUGUUGGACAGACGAGGAGUCGGACGGGGAGAACGAGUCAGAACAGUUCCUGUAUGGCAUUCAGGGGAGCUGCGCUGCUGACCUGUACCGCCACCCUCAACUGGAUGCAGAUAUUGAGGCAGUAAAAGACAUCUACACUGACAGUGCUGUCUCUGUUAGGGAGUAUGGAACCAUUGAUGACGUGGACAUCGAUCUUCACAUUAACAUUGGUUUCUUAGAUGAGGAGGUUGCGACAGCUUGGAAAGUUAUCAGAACAGAGCCCAUUAUUCUGAGACUGCGCUUUUCUCUUUCUCAGUACCUCGAUGGACCUGAGCCAUCAGUUGAAGUGUUCCAGCCCUCCAAUAAAGAAGGCUUCAGCCUGGGCCUGCAGCUCAAAAAGAUCCUGAGCACAUUCACCUCACAGCAGUGGAAGCACCUCAGUAAUGAGUUCCUCAAGGCCCAGCAGGAGAAGAGGCACAGCUGGUUCAAAGCCGGAGGAACCAUCAAGAAGUUCCGUGCCGGGCUCAGCAUCUUCUCCCCCAUACCCAAGUCUCCGAGUUUUCCUCUGAUCCAAGACACCGUUUUAAAAGGGAAGCUGAGUGUCCCUGAGCUGAGAGUGACCCGCCUGAUGAACCGCUCUAUCUCAUGUACCAUGAAGAAUCCCAAAGGGGAGCUUUUCAGCUAUCCACCAAACAGCCAGACUGUGGCUGUCCCGGCGGCCAGGGCCCCUGCGCAGAUUACCACGAGGCAGCUGAUUGAAUUGUUUUUCUCAUCCCAGGCGGGCGGCCACUGCAAGAACAUCCCUACCUUGGAGUAUGGCUUCUUAGUGCAGAUAAUGAAGUACUCAGAGCAGAGGAUCCCCACGCUCAACGAGUACUGCGUGGUGUGUGACGAACAACACGUCUUUCAGAAUGGAUCCAUGCUGAAGCCGGCUGUGUGCACCAGGGAGCUGUGUGUUUUCUCCUUCUACACUCUGGGUGUAAUGUCCGGAGCUGCAGAGGAAGUGGCCACUGGAGCAGAGGUGGUGGACCUCCUUGUGGCUAUGUGUAGAGCUGCUCUUGAGUCUCCCCGUAAGAGCAUCAUCUUUGAGCCCUAUCCAUCAGUCGUUGACCCCAAUGACCCCAAAACUCUGGCCUUCAACCCAAAGAAGAAGAAUUAUGAGAGACUCCAGAAGGCAUUGGACAGCGUCAUGUCCAUUCGUGAAAUGACCCAGGGCUCAUAUCUGGAGAUCAAGAAACAGAUGGACAAACUUGACCCUUUGGCUCAUCCUCUGCUACAAUGGAUUAUUUCCAGUAACAGGUCUCAUAUCGUCAAGCUGCCUCUGAGUAGGCAACUGAAAUUCAUGCACACCUCCCACCAGUUCCUGCUGCUCAGCAGCCCCCCGGCCAAGGAGGCUCGUUUUCGCACUGCCAAGAAGCUAUAUGGCAGCACCUUCGCCUUCCAUGGUUCCCAUAUAGAGAACUGGCACUCUGUUCUGAGAAAUGGACUAGUCAAUGCCUCUUAUACCAAACUGCAGCUGCAUGGGGCAGCGUAUGGAAAGGGCAUCUAUCUGAGCCCCAUCUCCAGCAUAUCUUUUGGAUACUCAGGAAUGGGGAAAGGACAGCACCGCAUGCCCACCAAAGAUGAACUGGUGCAACGUUACAACCGCAUGAACACCAUACCACAGAGCCGUCCAAUACAAUCAAGGUUUCUUCAGAGUCGAAAUCUGAACUGUAUCGCUCUGUGUGAAGUUAUCACAUCUAAGGAUCUGCAGAAACAUGGUAACAUUUGGGUGUGUCCAGUAUCGGACCACGUCUGUACUCGCUUCUUUUUUGUGUAUGAGGAUGGCCAAGUAGGAGAUGCUAACAUCAACACCCAGGAGCCUAAGGUGCAGAAGGAGAUCAUGCGUGUGAUCGGGACCCAGAUCUACUCCAGCUAA